UCGUCAGUGAGAUACGAACACUAGAAUUUCAAUGUAAUGAAAAAUGGCUGGUUUGUGGAUUUUAGUUUUGAUCUUCAGCACCAUGUGCACAAUGCAAACUGACAGACUCUGGAUUGCUGCACAAUCCCUCACCGACGCAGAAGUUUAUCAGCCUGAUGAAGAGCUCAGUGUGGAUAUCUGUGGCUCGGUGACUCUACGGUGUUGUAUUUUCCAGAACAAAGGAGGAAAACUUUUCUUGGUUAAGCAACAAAAUAAAAAAACGCCCGUGUUUAUCGCUGGACCGUUCAACCCUGCUGAAGAAACAUUUCACAGUGAAUUCCAAAAUUCCCAUUUUCAGAUUAAUAAAAGUGGAAACUGCUUCAGUCUGAUCAUUUCAAAGACCACACUGUCUGAUGAAGCCAUGUACUACUGUGGACUCACGUUUUCAUCUGGGACUCAGUUAAAAGUAAAAGGAACAUCGAAACCAGCUCUGUGUGAUAAUUCAGUGGCAUCUGAAACAAUGCUGCAUGGAAACAGCACAAACAUGAACACACAAGAGAAAUCAGAAGUGACCAGAUCUCUGCACUCCUCAGUGUUCGGUUUGGGAACGGCUUUGGGUUUUUGUGCACUUCUGAUUUUCUGCCUCAUUUAUAUCAUACUGAGGAGAAGAAAAUGUGAAAACUGUAGAUUGAAGGCUUCUCAAGGAACAAUGGAGGUACGUGUGCAGAUACAUAAACACUUUCUGCUAUAACUUUUAUACAGAACAUGAAGCUGAAACAGUGAAUUACGCAGCUCUGAAAUUCUCCAAACAGGAAGCCAAAGCUGAAAAGAGAAAUGCUGGUUCAUGUGAUGAGUGUGUGUACUCUGGUGUGAAGAAAACCAAACAUAACAGAACAUGAAGUAACAUAACACACAGUAACACUACAAAUACAUCAUUAUGAUUCUUUAUUUCUUUUUUUUUUCAUUUCACAAUUAUAAUAGUUUAUUUCUAAACAUAAAAUAAAUAUAGAAAUAUACCAAAAGGAAAAAAAAAAAUAUUUGGUUGAUUUCCAAUAUCUGAUAAGAAAUGUUCAAUCAAUUUUCCCAAAAUUCAACAUAUUAGAUAAACUACCAUGCAACAACAUUUAUUCCAUAUCCAUUUUUAAAAUAUCUCCUGAUGCCCCCCCCCAGAGUUUGAUUCUUUUUCCCAUUCUUUUUUAAAAUUAUUAUUAUUAUUAUUAUUAUUAUUAUUAUUAUUAUUAUUAUUAUUAUUAUUAUUUAACUUGAACUUUGUGGAGAUUUUGUGGUGUCAAUCAUCUACCUCUGAAUUUUAUUGAAUACACAAUAAAUGUAAAAAAUCAACUUAAUUAAAAAUGUUCCAAAUGCAUUCUCUUAAUCAUCAUUCUGAAUAAUGAAUAAUAUUCUGAGUUUCAACAAAAGUAACCUUUCAGUGGAUUUUCAAAAAGGAUGUGUGUUGGACUUAAAUCUAAGUCGUAUCACUCACCGUUGUGCUUGUGUUCCGGCAAAAGUGAAAGAACAGAAAAUCAUGUAUCGUGUAUCAAUGUGGUGCCCAGAACCUGGAGAUAAUAUUGUUCAGAAUUAAGUGUUGAGUAAGGCUCGCCCCACACGAGAGGAUAAUUGGGCUGAUUUUGGGUCCAGUUCACUCCAUCUGAUAAUCCUGGUGGCGUUCCUGAUUCAAGCCUGGUCGGAACUGAAUAGCAACCCAAAUAAUCCUGUAAUGUGAGGUCUACAGACACAAUCUUAUGGUCAUCACCUGGAUCCGAGUCUCACUGAUUUCAAAGCCAGGGUGGGUUCCAGAAAGUGGGUUGAACAAACCCUGAGCUUGACCUUGAACACUAGACUUCAUUUUCAGUUCUUGCUAUGGGACAUAUAUUUAUUUCUAGAAGCAAAAAUGCUGUAAAUGACAGCAGAAAAAAACAGAGAAGCUGAUAAUCAUAUCUGUUUACAAUAAUCU